GCUGGAGGCCAUCCAUAGUUCCUCACAGGGAAGGCGGCCCAGCAGCAGGGGGCCUGGACGGACACUGCUAUGCCUAACAUACCACAUCCGGGCUAACCCCUCCAGACCCGUGCCAGGCCAUUUAAUCCAUUCUUCACACGCAGUAUACACAUGUAUGCACAAACAGUAUGCACACAGUAUACACACAACAUAUACAUGAAUUAUAUCCACGCAGUAUGCACAGAGUAUAACCCCUGUGGUGGGGAGCCGGUGAGGGCUCCUAGAGGAGGACUGGGGAGACAGAAUUACCUCUCAAACACCAGAUUUCACCCCUAACCCUAACCAUAAGUACAAGUAGGGGCCCUGAGGGCAGAAAAGGGGCUGGGAAAGGCUGGAAAACAUGGCGCUUCCAAAGGAAAGUGGGGUUCUGUGCUUCAGGGUCCUGAGACCUGAGGGCUUUGUCUCUCUCCUUCCCAAGGAAAGGCGAGGUAGCAGCCCCUCCUCAAUCCUUGUAUUAAUGCCAGAGGAAAGGCCAACAUCCCAUUUGCAGAGGAGAAGACUGAGCCUGGAGGCAGGCUCAGGAUUGCACAGUGAGGAGAAAGGGACCUACCUGUGAGGCUUCCUGAACCCCCACAUGCCGGCUGGCAUAGUCCUGUUCUCUAGGCCCUGAGAGGUAUAACCCAGGGGGCUACUUCAGUGUCUAGCAGACUUCAGUUCCCUUCUCCUUCCCAUCGUCCCCGCCUCUGCUACCCCCUGGUAAGGACAUUCAGGGCCGGUCCCAGUUGGGCCUCCAGCAGAGCCUCUGGCCAGGCCCAGCCCUCGGCCUCGGCAUGGCUAUGUGAGCACCCUGGCCCCAGCCUGACCAGGAUGGCUGGCACAAGGAGAGGCCAGGAUAAUCUUAGGCCCCUUAACCCUGCUGUCAUUGGUUUUUUCCCUGCUGCCCUGGCCUCUGAGCUCUGAGGGUUGUGGUGGGUGAGUGGCCUGGCCCCUACUCAGGAAUGCGCUUGGGUUCAUGUUGAGCAAUGUUGCUGCUUGGGGGUGGGUUGGGGACGGGAAGAGGCACCCUCAGCCCCUCCCUCCUCAAGGCAGCGUGGGAACAGGCCUCCGGGAAACGCCCUGUCUGGCCCAAGCUGACCAGGGACUCCGCACAUGGGGGCCCAGCAGGCUAUAUAGCCUGCGAGACAGAAAUCCCUCUCUGGGCCUCACUUCUGGGUAUACCAGGAAAUGGGCUCUGUGUACAAGGACCCAAUACAGGCAGGACUCACCAUGAGGGAGAGGAAGGACAGGUGGGGCUUAGGGAGGGUCUGUGUGGCCAGAAGUCCUGCCACAACCCCUGCAUCUUGUACUCAUGCCAAGGGUCAAGGGAGUGCCUCAGCAGACCCUCACCCACCAGCUGCCUGCCAGUGAGACUCCCUAAGGCCUGGGGAAGACCCAGCUGAUGUCCCCAGGGGAGGAGACUGUUGGCACAGGACCCAGGCAGGGGGGUUGCACUCCCCAGGGGUCCAACGCUACUUUUCCAGGUCAGCAGUUCCCAGGCAUGGAUGGUCCAGGGGCACUGGUGCCAAGGGGUGGACAUGUGUCCAGUCUGCAUCCCCUGCUGUAAAUUGGUGGUGACACUGGGUUCUGCAUCAGACUGUGGCUAAGCUGUCCCAAGUGCCACACCUCGGGUCCCUCUGUUUCUCAGCCCCACUCUUGUGCCACGUGGAUGCCCAGCUGAGCUGUGCCAAGGUGAGGCCAGCAAAGACAACAGGAUUGGGGUGGAGAUCCACACUGAUGGGGGCUCGCCACGGAGCCCAUCCAGGCCGGGAGCUGGGCUGCCCCAGUUUCACUUCCCCUGUGAUGCCAGGAGCUGGGAAAAUGACACAGGGGCUCCCAGGAGUCCAGCCCUCAAGCCAGUGAAUCCCCCAGAUUUACUGGCACGAGAUGAUCCUGGGCGAAGAUGACCUGGCAGGAGGGGCCGUGGGGCCACCGGCAGUGAAUGAGUUAAGCCCAGCAACUGUCUCCUCUCUCCAAGGAGAAACUCCCCCUUGAUGCCUGGCCUCCUGCCAGGGCCAAGUGCAGGGGCUGAAACUGGAAGUUCAGGCUUGUGGCUGCGUCUGCCUCUGCGCUUGAGGAGGGCCGCAGCGCUACCGCUGCUGUCCAUCUGUCCAUAGCUCUGUCAGGCUGACUACUCGCCACUCAACUUCAGUCCUCUCUUUCUACUUGUCUGUAAGCCCAUCUCUGUCCAGAUGUCUGUCUGACCGUCCUGUUUGUCCAGCUGUCUGAGCUGAAUAUCAGUCCAUCUGCUUGUCUCUCCCUGCCCACCACUUUUGCCAUUUGUCCACUCAUCUGUGAGCCCAUCUGCACAUCUUGGUGCCCAUUCAUCUGCCUGUCCAUCUGUCCCUCUGUCCACUGGUCUGUUUGCUGCCCACCUGCUCCCCUGCUUGCCCUAGGCCACUGAGCCAUGGCCAGGGGCCACAGGUCCACAGUCAGCCUGGUCCUGCUGGGGCUGGGGCUGACGCUGGCCAUCACUGUGCUGGCUGUGGUCCUCUCCCGCCACCACAGCCCCUGCAGCCCUCAAGCCUUUGCCCAUGCUGCUGUAGCUGCCGACUCCAAGGUCUGCUCAGACAUCGGACGAGCCAUCCUCCAGCAACAGGGCUCACCCGUGGAUGCCACCAUUGCAGCCCUGGUCUGCACCGGAGUUGUCAACCCUCAGAGCAUGGGUCUGGGUGGAGGGGUCAUCUUCACCAUCUACAAUGCUACAACAGGGAAGGUGGAGGUCAUCAACGCCCGAGAGACUGUCCCAGCCAGCUCUGACCAGCGCCUGCUGGACCAGUGUGAACGUGCCCUACCACUGGGCAUAGGGGCCCAGUGGAUCGGAGUGCCUGGGGAACUCCGUGGCUAUGCUGAGGCCCACCGCCGCCAUGGCCGCCUGCCCUGGGCGCAGCUGUUCCAGCCCACCAUCGCCCUGCUCCGAGACGACUUCCGCAUGCCCUCCAUCCUCAGCCAGUUCCUCAGCAGCAGGUUCCUGAGGCCUUUCUUGUAUAACUCAACCCUGAGGCAGCUUUUCUUCAAGGGGACUGAACCCCUAAGGUCUCAGGACCCGUUCCCACAGUCUGUGCUGGCCACCACCCUGGAGACCGUGGCCACUGAGGGUGCGAAAGUCUUCUACACUGGGAAGCUGGGCCAGAUGCUGGUGGAUGACAUUGCCAAAGAAGGGAGCCAGCUGACCCUGCAGGACCUGGCUACCUUCCAGCCUGAGGUGGUGGAUGCCCUGGAGAUGCCCCUGGGAAACUACACUCUGUACUCACCACCGCCACCUGCAGGGGGCGCCAUUCUCAGUUUCAUCCUUAACGUGUUGAGAGGGUUCAACUUUUCAUCAGAGUCGGUGGCUCAGCUUGAAGGGAGGGUGAAUAUGUACCACCACCUUGUAGAGACACUCAAGUUUGCUGGGGGCCAGAGAUGGCGACUGUGGGACCCUCGCAGCCACCCAGAUUUCCAGAACGCUGCCCAGGAGCUGCUGGAGGAAGCUCUGGCCCAGCACAUCCGCCAACAGAUCGAUGAACGUGGUGACCACCAGUGCAGCCACUACAACCUGACCGGGGCCUGGGGCCACAGGAUGGGUACUUCCCACGUGUCUGUGCUGGGAGAGGACGGCAGUGCUGUGGCUGCCACCAGCACCAUCAACACACCCUUUGGAGCGAUGGUCUACUCACCUCGGACAGGCAUCCUCCUCAACAACGAGCUCCUGGACUUAUGCUGGAGCCGCGAGUCAAGGUCCAGAGACAGGCCUCAACCCGGUGAGCGGCCACCAUCGUCCAUGGUUCCUUCCAUCUUGGUCAACAAAGCCCAGGGCUCAACGCUGGUGAUUGGCGGGGCUGGGGGAGAGCUUAUCAUCUCUGCGGUGGUCCAGGCCAUCAUGAACAAGCUGUGGCUCGGCUUCGACUUGGCAGCAGCCAUUGCAGCCCCCAUUCUGCAUGUCAACAGCAAGGGUGCGGUGGAAUACGAGGCCAACUUCAGCCAGGAGGUGCAGAAGGGGCUCCAAGACCGGGGCCAGAAACAGACCCAGCAGCUCUUUUUCCUGAACGUGGUCCAGGCUGUGUCCCAGGAGGGGCCCUGUGUGAAUGCUGCAUCUGACUUGAGGAAGGAUGGGGUGGCUGCAGGCUACUGAGGAGACAGCGUGGCCCAGAGCCAGGAUUCAGCCCUGCCUUGAGCCCCAAAUCCCACUGGAAAAGGGGGCCAACAGCUCCAGCCCGAUCUGAACUCCUUGCUGAGAAUGAAGGAGGCAGAGUCCAGAAUGCCCAGAGGAUGAUGGGAAGGACCUGAGCCUCAUCCCUGACCCCCUCCCCACAGCCUCUCGUGUGUGGCCCUGCUCCGGCUUCUUCCCUGGCCUCCUGCCCACCUUCCCAAUCUGUGUUCACCAGUGGAAGAUUAAAGAGGAGCCAACUACA